AUGGCCCCGUCACCCCCUCGGCUGCGCGCUCUGCAAAGCAAAAGUGAAGGACACAUGCAGAGUCCAAGUCCAACCCAAAAGGACGGGCCGAGCAAGAAAACAGUCCCAGCCUCCAGCUCUGUUUCCGAAACCACACGAGAUCACUUUCUGGACUCGGAGCUUUCCAGGCCCUUCAAGGCGUUUGUUGAGCAAAUACAAGCCAAGCGUGGGCGGACAGUGACAACAAGCCUGAUUUGGAAAACGGAUGAUCGGAGAAUCAUAGAUGCCUAUUCAAGCGCUGGCCCUCCACACUUUGAAGUAUGGACAGCAUACUUCCCUGCGACGCUAUCGCAGGAAGACAAGACAUGCCUGGAGAGGAUUGAAGGUCCCUUAUUUUGGAUCUCUGAGAGCCGAGGGCCUGACGAUCGCCCCGAGGCCCUGAGAGGCUUUUUGCCUCAAUCCUAUGGAUGGAUGGAGGGCGAAGUUGAAUAUCAGGGGCAGAUGGCCCGGCGAAUGAACUACAUUGUCACGUGGGAGAGUGACGCUGCAGAAGAGCGGUACAAGCAGGGAAUGUGUACCUACAGAUCGGAGAUUCUUCUGCCGGGGCUCGAUCCUGAUAGAUUUCGAAGGCAUGGCCCGCGGCACGAUCGCACUGCGAUGGAGGUGUUUCUUGAUUACUUGGAGGAGUGUGGGAUGUUGGGGUAUGAGACAACAUAUGCACGUUUUGUGGGGGUUUUUAGCCCUAAUUAG